AUCAAAUCCAAACAGAGGGACCGAACUCAGAGGUGUUCUCUCUGUUUGUAAGACUGUAACUUCAUUCUUCGAUCAAGAUAUUCAACAAGAGGAAACGAAUCAAACGAUCAAGAAGGAACCGAAAUCAAAUCACAGGUCAAUGUACAGUUAAUCGUAUUGUUGGAGAGAUAAAGAAGGGCCCUAUACCAGUGGUUAUAAAUUGGAGUUUUCGAGAUGUUAGUGUUAAACCGCAACGGCAUCAACUUCAUCAGCUGCAUCUUUCCCUUGUGCGAGUGGCAUCCUUUAGAAUAGCAAAGCUGGUUGGGGCUUGAUGCCAUCUGCAUCAUUUUGUAAAGCAGGGAUUUAUAUCUGUUCUUCAUAUUAGCAAAAUUGUUGAAGUUCCUUAUGUUUUCCAAGAGCUAUUCUAUUGCAAGGGCAACAGAAAUGGGUUGCUGUAGUUGCUUUGGAUUAAUUAGGAAGCCCAAAAGAUCUUUGAGGCCUGGUUCUGGAUCAGCUAGUCAGGUUUCUCAGCAGUUUCUGUUGGAUGAUAGUUUAGAAGAUAUGGAUGGUGCGCUAUAUGAUGGUGAAACUACUAACACCUCACAUGAAGGUGAUGGUGAGUUCCAGAGCCACAAUAAACGUUCUGAAGAGAUUCUCAUGUUUAGAAUUCAAAAUGGAAUGAUCUGCAGGGAAACCCCUGUGAAGGAGACUCAUCAGCUUAUACGCUCAGAGGAUGAAGAUGGUAAUAAGAUGAUCAAUGAGUAUGUUCGAGAGCGUAAGAUUGGUUCUGGGAGUUAUGGGAAAGUGGUUCUAUACCGAAGCACUAUAGAUGAAAAGCGCUAUGCAAUCAAGGCCUUUCACAAGUCACAUUUAUUAAAGCUGCGGGUGGCACCUUCAGAAACUGCCAUGUCUGAUGUUCUUCGGGAGGUUUCAAUCAUGAAAAUGCUGGAUCAUCCCAAUAUUGUCAAUCUCAUUGAGGUGAUUGAUGACCCAAACACAGAUCACUUUUACAUGGUUCUUGAAUAUGUGGAAGGCAAAUGGGUAUGUGAAGGUUCUGGUCCUCCAGGUGGCAUCGGGGAACAGAAAGCUAGGAAGUAUUUGCGGGACAUAGUAGCUGGGCUCAUGUAUCUCCAUGCUCAUAAUAUAGUGCAUGGGGACAUUAAGCCUGAUAAUCUUUUGGUCACAAGCACUGGUAUGGUGAAGAUAGGAGACUUCAGUGUUAGUCAGGUGUUUGAGGAUGAUAAUGAUGAGCUUAGGCGAUCUCCUGGGACUCCUGUUUUUACGGCACCUGAAUGCUGUUUAGGUCUAACCUACCAUGGUAAAGCUGCAGAUACAUGGGCCUUGGGUGUUACUUUGUAUUGUAUGGUGAUUGGUUAUUACCCGUUUCUUGGUGACACACUACAAGAUACAUAUGACAAGAUUGUUAAAAAACCUUUAUCCAUCCCAGAGGGCAUCAACCCCCAGCUGAGGAACUUGUUAGAAGGACUUCUCUGCAAAGAUCCACAACACAGGUUGACUUUGGAAGCUGUGGAACAACAUCCAUGGGUGAUAGGAGAAGAUGGACCAAUCCCUCGGUAUAUCUGCCGGUGCAAGCGAACUAGCUUUCAGAGGGAAAAAUCUGAUGGGAAAGGAGAUGCUGACAUGACUAGUACUGACUGAACCUGCCAUAUGGGUGAGAUUGUUUUGUACAGAAGAAAAGUCGGAGAUUUUAUACUCAGUUUACCUUCAUCUUGGGGAAGAAGGGGGAAGUUUUGGGUUUUCUAUUAACCUUUCUUUUUUGUUUGGGGGUGGGGGGAUGGGGAUUGGAGCUGGUUUUUGCGAGGAAGUUUUAAGAUUCAAGGGAGAUAAGGGAAUGUUGACCAUUUGGCUUUGAGAUGAAAAAUUUUCCCCUUGAGGCAAGUGCCAUAAAUUUUAAGUUUGGUUUUGCUGAGGAACCUGGUUAUUUUGUAACUUUGACCUUUCAAUGUUUGGUUAAUACAACAUAACGAGAAACAGGAAGGGGUGGAGGGAACAAGUGGUGUUGAUUGUACAUUUGCUUCCUUCAUUGGCCGUCAAAUAUGCGAUGGCUCUUCAUGUUGUACCUUUGUAAUAUACAGGCCUUGUGGGUAUAUGUAUGAAGAUUGUCAUCGCGAGAUUAUUUCAUUGUAUGUAGAAAGCAGGUGAAGAUGCUUGUUGGACAUGUAAAUGAAACGAUUCCUUUGGUUCUAUAAACGGUGAGAGGGCUCAGUUGUUGAA